CAGGCACGCACAACUGUGGCAGGAAACCCCACUGUUCCUCCUUGGGCCUGACCCAAACUGCCCCAGCUGUUCCCGCUAAGCCCAAGGAGGUGAGGAAAUGCACCACAGAGGUGCGCCGGGAUGAGGAAACCAGACCGCUGUGGAAGGGACAAAUCUUCCUUCUGUAUCGGAGCUUGCUAACAGUUUACCUUAGCCUCUAACUCCUAUCAACAGAUGAUUCAGAUGAACCAGUGUGGAGUUCUGGAGAACCCAUUCACCGUCUGUUAAGAGCUUCCGGAAACACCAAAAGUGAAGUAAAACAGUCUCCUAGACUUCUACCUCAGAAGACUCCAGCCUGCCAGAGAUGGCUCAGCACCACCUGUGGAUCUGGUUCCUUUACCUACAAACCUGGUCUGAAGCAGCAGGAAGAGGAGCAGAUUCAUCUGUGGUGUAUGGGAUUCUUGGGGAGUCGGUUACUUUUCCCUUAAACAUUCAAGAGCCACAGAAAGUUAGGAACAUUGCCUGGACUUCUGAAACAUCCGUUGCUUUUGUAAAACCUGGACUCCAAGGAGCACCACCUGAUGUUAUUGUGACCCGGGUCAUUUAUAAAGGACGACUAGAUGUCAUAGCUCAGAACUAUGACCUAGUCAUUAGAGACCUGAGGAUGGAUGAUGCAGGAACUUACAAAGCAGACAUAAAUGAAGAGAACACCCCUACCACCACCACGAAGUACUACCACCUCCAAAUCUACCCUCGGCUUGGAAAACCAAACAUUACACAGAGUUUAAAAACAUCUGCAAACAAUUUUUGUAAUGUCACACUGACAUGCUCUGUGGAGAAAGAAGAGAGGAAUGUGACAUACAGUUGGAGUCCCUCGGGAGAGAAAAGCAAUGUCCUUCAAAUCUUCGAGUCCCCCAAGGAUCAAAACUUGACUUACACAUGUACAGCCCAGAACCCUGUCAGCAACAGCUCCAACUCUGUCACUGCCCAGCAACUCUGCACAGACAAUCCACGCACCCACCUUCGACGUACUGUAUUGAUAAGUAGACUGGUUGGUCCUCCUCUGCUUGUUCUCAUUCCAUUUUCAGUGCUUCUGUUUGACUUGUACAAGAGAAGACGAAACAGGAUUGACUUGGAAGAGCCUUUAUCCAGUAACUGAUGGAAACAGAUGCAGAGAA